AUGUUAAAUUAUUGUUUGUUGAAUAUGAAUAAUGUUAGUAUAAGUAAUAUAUUAUUUUCAUAAAAAUAUAAAUUUAAAUUAGAAAAAGAAAUAUAAAAAGAAUUAGAAGAAAAGUAGAUUUUAUUUUAAAAGAAUUUAAUUAAACAGAUGUUAAUUUUAAAUGUUAAUUACUUUUUAAAAUUUUAUGUUAUUCUAUAAAAUAAUUAUUUUAUUUCAUUCAUUUAAUAGUUUACAUUAAAUUUUAAAAGUAAAGUUUUUUUAAAUGAUUUAAUUAAUUAAAAUAAAAUAAUUAUUAUUAAUAUAAGGAUUUUAAAUUAAAUUUCAUAAAAGAUAAAUAUUUUAUAUUAAAAUAUAAAUAUAUAUAUAUAAAAAAAAAGUAUAAAUAUAUAAUUAAAUAUAUAUAUUUAAUAUAUUUAAUAUAUUUAAUUUAUUUAAUAUUAUAAAUAAUAAAUAUAUAUAUAUAUUUAAUAUUUUUUAUAUUUUUAAUAUAUUUAAUAUAUUUAAUUUCCGUAUUUUUAUAUGUUUAAUUUAUCAAAAUAAAUUAAUUUAUAUUAGUUGGGUAACGCAUGCAUUUUAUUUUAUUAAAUAAAGCAUCUUUAUUUUUCUGCUUAAACUAUAAUCUACUUUACUUAUAAAUAUAAGUUUUUAAGUAUAUUGAGUAAAUAAUUUAAGUAUUUUAUAAUUUAAAAUAAUAAAAAAAUUAAUUAGUAUUUUUUUAAAAAAAAUAGUAUAAUAGUCUAAUAUUUUAUUUAAAAUUUAUUGUUUUUCAAAUGA